AAACUACAGUAGCUAGUGUGCACCGUCCGUUGCCAUUUAUGGUGGGAGAGGUUAGCUAGCUAGGGAUUGACGUUUGCGGAGGUUCAUUGAAGUCAGCUACUCCAGUGAGGUGGCGGGGAGACAAAACACGUUUUGUGGGGAUUCUUUGGAGUAGCCUAGCUCCUUUGGCUCCCAACACAGCAUCCACACCUGCCCACAGAUGUCAGUGUCCUGGGAACUGCUAGCCUUCCCUCACUAGAUGUAGUGGGGAGUUGUCGUUUCCAGCCUUGAGCACAAGGAAGGGGUGUAUCACAAUGGCCUGAGGAUUGAAUGGACCUUUGUAACAUCCCGCAUACCGCCCAAGUCUCAUGCUGCUGCCGCUUGGAAUUUGUUAGACUUUUGUGCCGUCGAGUGAAGUAACCCCACCAUGCGUGAAUACAAGCUAGUGGUUUUAGGCUCAGGAGGUGUAGGCAAAUCUGCACUGACUGUCCAAUUUGUACAGGGUAUUUUUGUGGAAAAAUAUGACCCCACAAUAGAAGACUCCUACAGAAAGCAAGUUGAAGUGGAUGGGCAACAGUGCAUGCUUGAAAUCCUUGACACAGCUGGAACAGAGCAGUUCACAGCGAUGAGGGACUUGUACAUGAAGAACGGUCAAGGCUUCGCUCUUGUAUACUCCAUCACGGCGCAGUCCACAUUUAAUGAUCUACAGGACCUUCGGGAACAGAUCCUGAGAGUAAAGGACACUGAGGAUGUCCCCAUGAUCCUGGUGGGCAACAAGUGUGACCUGGAGGAUGAGCGUGUGGUGGGCAAGGAGCAGGGUCAGAACCUGGCCAGACAGUGGAACAACUGUGCCUUUCUAGAGUCCUCAGCUAAAUCAAAGAUCAACGUUAAUGAGAUUUUCUAUGACCUGGUCAGACAGAUCAAUAGGAAAACACCGAUAGAAAGGAAGAAGGAAAAGAAGUCAAAUUGCACACUGCUCUGAAGCUCCCCCUUUCAGCAGCUCUGAGCCAAGAAGCUGCAAUACAAUACUGGUGCCCAGUUGGAACGUGCCAGCAUUUCAAGCCCUUUCAAUAACGAAUGGAGAUGUUUGACAAUAGCAGAAAAGUAAUUCUCUACUUCACCACUCUAAUAAUGGAGGAUUCUUCAUGGAUACUCUUUGCUUUGUAAUGGUUAAGAAAUCCAUACCUUUUUCUCUCUUUUUAAUUUUGUCAAUGGGACAGCCUUGUGAUGAAGAGUUUUCCCUUUCCCCUGGUUUAUAAAUUACAAUUUAAAACAAAGAAGACUACCAAGCAAUUUAUUGUGGAUUUGGACAAUUAGGUUGUUUGCAGAUAUUUUCAUAUCUUUGGCUCAUUUCAAAAUGUUUGCAAAAUAAAUCAUGGUAAAUAUUGGCCCUUUUCAUUACCUUACCCAUCUGCAGUAAUUGUGUCAACAGUAAUGCAUCAACUUCCAUGUUUUCUUUCUCCUAUUACUUUUAAGAAGUUGUAUUCAUCAAAUAACAUAUUUACUAAGUGACUUUGUUUUAUAUGGGAAGCUGCAAUGCUUUCGUCUUUCCCAUAAUAUAUUCUUGUUUAGUUUUUUUGAAUAAUGAAGCUGUGGGAAGUGUGUUUUUAUAGAAUAGGGGAAAUAAGGAGACUUGAUUUCUGUCUUGAGGUUGAAAAUAUGUUGUACUAAACCAACUCUAUUGUGUCUUGUUACCUUGUCGCAAAUGAUUUUCCAGCUUUUAUGAAUGAUAAACAAAUGUACAUUUUCAUUAUCUUUUGUCAAUGCAUUUUAUUUUCUCUAUACAUGAUGAUAAUCAAUAGUUGUGAAGAAUUUUUGCCUGUUGCAAGUCUCUAGUGUUUUGCGGGAACAUUAAAUGAUUGUUGGCAUAGAAUUAGAAUGAGACAGCUCGCCUUUCUGAAAUACAGCCAUGUCGCAUCGUUACUGAUGCGCCAACUGCUGCCUCCAAUCGUCACAGUUCAUCCUGUCUAAUUCAGGCCCAUUAUUUUUAGCCUGAUUUAGAGUUUCCUUUUUUUAAAUGAUAUGAUUUAAAAGCCUGUUAACUUAUCCUAGAAAAUGGCCGAUGCAGCAGACAAGCUCGAGAUGUUCACAUGCAGGAAUUGGAGAAAUGCAACAGCAGUGGCUCUUCAUGAGACGUGGCCACAGCAAAAGGCCUACUACUUGGCUUAUGAGGAACCACCCAAGCAGGUGCAGGGUGUGUGCCAGGCUUGCUGAGCGGAAAGGCAGACAGGUCACCUGUUAUUGUUCUGCAACAGGGUUCGCUUCCGCGGCUGUGUCACAAAUGUCAGACCUAGCUGACUAAACUCAACUCCAUGGUGAAGGAAGUUACUGAUGAACUCCACCAAUGGGGUUGAGCAGAGACCAGGCUUUGUGGAAUUCAGGUCCGACUACAUAAAUUCGCCCAUGCUCAAUACUUAAAAAAUGUUUAAUUAUGAAAUGCUUACCUUGUACCUAUGUUUGUCCUCUGUGGUUGAAUGCCAUACUUUUUCAAUAAACGUUAAUCAAAUACAA